CGCCCCGCCAUGGCGCCGGAGGAGAGCGCGGCGGCCGCGCGCCUGCUGCCGAGUUUCGAGCGCCGCUUCCUGGCAGCGCGCACACUGCGCUCUUUCCCCUGGCAGAGCCUAGAAGAGAAAUUAAGGGACUCAUCAGGUCCUGAGCUGCUGCUGAAUAUUUUGCGAAAGACUGUGAAACAUCCUCUGUGUGUGAAGCAUCCGCCGUCAGUGAAGUAUGCCCGGUGCUUUCUCUCGGAGCUCAUCAGAAAGCAUGAGGCUGUCCACACGGAGCCUUUGGACGAGCUGUACGAAGCAUUGGCAGAGGUCCUGAUGGCCGAGGAGCCCACCCAGUCCCACCGGAGCUAUCUGCUGCCUUCCGGAGACUCAGUCACACUCUCUGAGAGCACAGCCAUCGUUUCCCAUGGCACCACCGGCCUGGUCACGUGGGACGCCGCACUCUACCUUGCAGAAUGGGCCAUAGAGAACCCGGCUGCCUUUGCUCACAGGAUUGUCUUAGAGCUCGGCAGUGGAGCUGGCCUCACGGGCCUGGCCAUUUGCAAGACAUGCUGUCCCAGCACGUACAUCUUCAGCGACUGUUACACCUGUGUCCUUGAGCAGCUCCGAGGAAACAUCCUUCUCAAUGGCCUCUCAUUGGAACCAGAUACCACUGACCCUGCAAGGCACCCAGGACAUAACGCCUACAACUCAGAGAGUCCCAGGGUGAUGGUGGCCCAUUUGGACUGGGACGUUGUGACGACCCCUGAGCUCGCUGCCUUCCAGCCAGACGUAAUCAUAGCAGCAGAUGUGCUGUAUUGCCCAGAAACUGUCCUCUCCCUAGUCAGAGUCCUACAGAGGCUCUCUGCUUGCCUGAAGAACCAGCAGGCUCCUGAGACCUACAUUGCCUUCACCAUCCGCAACCCAGAGACCUGCCAGCUGUUCACGAGCGAGCUGGGCCGGGCUGGGAUCCCAUGGGAAGCAGUGCCUCAUCACAACCAGAAGCUGUUUCCCUACGAAGAGCACUCAGACAUGAAAAUUUUGAAAUUAAUGCUGUAGGUUUACAAACGUUUUUAAAGAUUAACAUGAAAAUUAAAUCACCAUCCUGGAAAGAAUUUUCAUGUGCCAAAGCUGAUAAAAUUUUCACUGGACUUGAAUGCUUGAAGAAUGCUAAAUUCAGAAUCAGGACUGCAAACUGUGUUCUAAUAAAAUAUAAACUAUUCAA